AUGUGUUAAACAUCAAUGGAAGAGGAAUACAGUGUAAUAAGCAAUAUAGGAUGUGGGAUUUCAGCAGAGUAUUAAUUUUAAUUGAGAAUUAGUGUCCAAUUAGUUUCAAGAUCUGGGGAAUUGAUGGCACUGAAAGUGUUCAAGGCUUAGCAGGAUCAACUGUAUGAGACCGAGAUUCGUAUAAUGAACAAGUUGAGUCACAUUUCUGGAGUAAUUAGAAUAAGAGAAAGUCAACUAAGAGGGUGCAUAAUGAUGGAUUAUGCUAAGUACGGAAACUUACUAUAAUACUUACAAUAAUCACGAUUGGAAGAAAACAUAGCCAGAAGUUUCUUCAAACAGAUGAUAUUCAGUAAUAGUGAAGAAAUAUUAUUACUAGUAAUUGAUAAGAUUCACAAGAUGGGUGUUGCUCAUAGAGAUUUAAAAUUAGAAAACAUAUUAUUGGAUGAUUAAUAUAAGUUGAAGAUUUGCGAUUUCGGAUUUGCUGUUCAAUAUUUGGAUGAGUAGGGAAGAAGAAUAAAAGUGAAUGAGUAAAUUAUUAUUUUAAUGAAUGUAGUUAUGUUGGGACACCUUAAACUGCAGCUCCAGAGAUAUAUCUGAGACAGCCAUAUCAUCCAGUGGAGGCAGAUUUGUUUUAGUUAGGAGUUAUUUUAUUUUAAAUUUGUGCUGGAUCUAGUCCUUUUCAUAAUGCUAACAUAAAGUGUGAUCCAAAUUAUUAGUUUAUCUAUAGGUAAUAUUUGCAUUGAUUAUGAAGAUAAUAAAUCGGAAAGUUUUGGGAGAAGCAUUAAUUUGAGUUUUCAGCAGAAUUAAAGGAUAUUAUAGUCAAACUUUUGGCCUUUAAUCCAAAUCGGAGAUUAUCAGUAUUUAAUAUAUAAAUAUUUUAUUAAAGAUUCCUGAAAUUCAGUCUCAUCCUUGGAUGCAAGGUGAAGAAGCUGAUUAAUCCUAAAUCAUUGAUGAAAUGGAAUACAGAUGGUCAUUGCUCUCUUUGUAAAUCUGAU